GCCGCUCAUGCUCCAUCCCAGAACCCAGUUAUCUGGGUUCGUAUCGGUUCUUGGUCGGAAGCAAAACCGGCUUCAUCCGCAUUCCUUCGCUCUUGCUUCGCUGUUGCCAUCUUGCUACACAGCAGCAUCGCCGACCUAGAAGAUCCCUUGACUGACACUGCCUACCUAUAGAACCAUAACCACCGUCUUACGCCCUCUUCCUCUCAAUGUCUACUGCUGUCGAGUCUUCUCAUCACAUCUUUGGCACCACUUAUACGCUCAACAACAUGUCUCGAUCACUUCACACUCCUUACGAGGCCUACUCCUCAAGGCACGGACACUACAUGCCAGAACAGCAAUCACAUCAGCCGCACUUGUAUCGCCAACAGCAACAAACCAGGCUGCCUCCCGUGACUACCAUUCUACCCGUCACUGGUCCUGGUCCCGUUUCUUCUUCCUGCGAUCCAGUUUACCGAGGCCAUAGCCAGACUUAUUACUCCGACUACCCAACUCCUUCACCAGUGGGACAAACACCUCCUCAACUCCCGAUUACCUAUAGCGAGGCUCGUUCUUAUCAUGGGAGGCAACUAGACGGCCGUCUGUCCCCAGCCUAUUCCACUUCCGCCAGUGAAAGGUCAACCGUUGAGUCAACCUACGAGCCUCGUUCAAGGCAAACGAGCAACGGUCAUCAGGCGCAUGUUGAGCCAUCUUGGCCACCGUUCCACCAGCAGCCCUCACGAUUAAGACAGGAGUCAUCCAGCCAUUUUACUAUGGUACGGAAAGCCUCGACACUCGACAAGAACCACAACAGCAACAACUCUCCAUCAUCCGAGGGAUCACAGACCCCAUCCAGUUCCCAGCAAGGCGGUUCCCCAAGGCAGGAAUCCCGGCCCAUGAGCAUAUCCAACCUCAUAAGCACCGAAAACACCAGAAACAAGCGGAACCCGGUCACCCUACCACCACCACCCUCAGGCAAAAAGACCGAUUACCGAAUCUUCGUCCGUCAACAGCCCUUCGCCGCCCGCAGCUGCGGCUUUGGCGAACGCGACCGGCGCGUCAUCGACCCGCCGCCCAUCGUGCAGCUGACCAUCCACAACGACACGCUCUCACGCGAGGAGCACAGCCGGCUCCUGCGGCAUCAGUUCAGCGUCAUCCACUGCAGCAUUUGGGACGAGACGGGCGUCAAGGACAUGAGCAGCAUGCCCGAGGAUUUCCGGCAGCAGCGGCGUUUGAUGGGGACGCUGGUUGCGUCCCCCUUUGUCGGGUUCGAUGAGAAGGGCGAGGAGGGCUGUUUCUUCUGUUUCCCCGACCUGAGCUGUCGCACGCCCGGGACUUUUCGGCUCAAGUUUGCGCUGGUUGUGCUGGACCCCGCGAGGAUGAUGGCGGGUGAUAGGAGUAGUAUUGUCGCGACGGUGAUGAGCGAGCCGUUUCAUGUGUAUAAUGCGAAGGAUUUCCCGGGGAUGAAGGCGAGUACGCCAUUGACAAAGAGACUCAAAGGGCAGGGGUGUUUGAUCAGUAUCAAGAAGGGAGGAAGAGGCAGAAGAGGGGGUCUUCGUGAAGGUGUUUUCGAUUUUGAUAAUCGGGUUUUUUUCUCUUCUUCUUUUCUUCCCGGGGUUCACCCAUUUUACGGUUCACGACUCGCUAUAUACCCAUUUUCAUUUACUCUUCUUCUCUGGCUAUGGUUUCCAAGCAAGAUCAUUUUACUUUUAUCAAAAACCGUUCCUGCAAAUUGGCGCAAUUGGGGUUUCGGAGCCAAAGUGAACAUGGUUUAGUGGUAAAAUCCAUCGUUGCCAUCGAUGGGCCCCGCGUUCGAUUCGCGGCUGGCGCAAAUCUUUUGCAUUUUUUUUGUCUCAACACUUCCCUCCCUCUCCUUAGUCUCCUCCACUUU